UUGAGUUUGAAUUACCAUAAAUGCACGCUGUUUGGGUUUGAAAAACUGCGGGGUGUCUCGCCUAAUUUAUAUUUUCUCUGAGUCAAGGGCAAUUAACUGCGGUUCUCUUGUUCCUUUAGAUAGGUCAUACCAAUAAUAAUUUGGAAUUUUUACUCGUUCAAGAGAAUACGACUUUGGUAUUGUCGAAAUUUCGAAAUUCGAACCCGUUCUUCUUCGAGGCUUUUACGAAUGGUGCUCGUGUAGUUUGUCGUCAAGAAGUAUUCCUAAAUAUUCUCGAACAAGGUGAAAAUAAUUGUGAAUACGAUAGUCAGAAGACAUAAUGUUCGUUAUACUUGUUGGUCUUAUUUUGUGCACAACGUUUGUCACUUCAAACGAAAAUUACGAGGGUCCAUCGAUCCUUUCAAAUCCAGUAGACACCAUAGCACAGCCAGGGAUUGACAUAUCACUGUACUGCAUCACACGUGGUCAACCCACACCCUCCGUGACCUGGGAGAAGGAUGAUGUUCCCUUAAAAGGCAAUCAUUUUGAUGUAUUGCAAAACGGUGGUCUUCGCCUGAAGAAAGUGGACGAAUAUCGUGAUAGUGGAAAUUACCGCUGCCGUUCGAGUAAUCCAGUUGGAGUGAUCAAAAGUCUUCCAGCCAGGCUCGACUUUCCUUUUCUAGAUAAAUUUUCCCAACCGUUUCAAAAAGUAAAGGCGAACAACGCCGAUGCUGUAAUUCUACGAUGUCAAAUUCCUAACAUGAAACCGCGGAAUUUGCGAACUGUUCGUUGGUCAAAGAAAGAUUUUCAGUAUACCGACCUACUCCCUCCUCUGGAAGAUGCACCCCACUACACGGUGGGUUACAACGGCGAUCUCUAUUUCUCUUACGUCACAACAGCCGACUCGGGAAGUUACGUGUGCGUAGUUGGGAACACAAUGCUUGGUCGCACAGAGAAAAGAACUUUAAAGCUUGCUGUUGCAGUUCCGAUAGAACAAAGAUACGAAGUGAAAGAACCAGGUAUCUUCAGUGACUUUAAAGAACCAAAAUACGCCAUUAAAGGGAAAACAUUUGUCUUGGAAUGCAUUGCACAUGGCAGACCUGUUCCUCUCGUCUCUUUGACGCGUUUGGGCCAAAAGGAAGAGCUGGGGAAAACGUCGUCGAACAAGAGGCAAUAUGUCAUUUACAAUUUUGACGCAAAGAAUGCUGGGACGUAUGUUUGCAGAGCGAGAAAUAGUUACGGUGACUGGUACGAGGCAACCACUACAGUCACAAUGCUAGAGGAAACUCAGUGGAUUAAACGACCUACAGACGCUUCAGUUGACGUAAAUUCCAGCUUGACAUUGCAAUGCGAGGCUAAAGGUGUACCUCCCAUCACUUACGCAUGGUUCUACAACGGAAUAAGAAUGAUGUCAUCGGGUAACAAGAUGAAUUGCGUCAUAAAUGAGGGAUCGCUGUGGUUUCCCAGCGUGCAAGUUGGCUACAGUGGGAUGUACCAAUGUGAGGCGUCAGACAGCGUAAAAAGGUUAAUGACGUCUAUGAGACUUUCUGUGAAAGCUGCUGCACCAAGUUUUACGAAUGGGGCCAUCGCUCCUGACGAAGUAACAAACGCCGUCGUGAGUGGAACAAUUAGUCUUCGUUGUAAGCCCAUUGGUUCACCCAAGCCACAAAUCUUUUGGUUUAAAGGCUCGACGAGACUUUCUUCAAAUGGCAAAUACACCGUGGAUAGUGAUGGAUUUCUACGUAUACAUGAUGUGAAAAAGAGUGAUAGGGGAACAUAUAUGUGCGUUGGACGCAAUUCGUUUGGAGUUGCACGAAAAGAGACGUAUCUUCUUGUAAAAAAUGGUCUGGUAAUUGUAAACUUUCCCAGACACUUGGAUGCAAUUGUUGGACGAAAUCUGACGAUUGUUUGCGAAGUGGCACUGGAAACGAAGUCCGUAGUCACGUUUAAAUGGUCGCAAAACCUGCAACCCUUAACCGAAAGGAAUAUCAAAAUUACGAACACCGAAAGGAGAAGCGUUUUGUUCAUAAACUCCCUCACCAAAAAAAAUUCGGCAGUUUACAUUUGCGAAGCAAUUGCUGAUGGCUUGGCAACAGCUGGAAGAAGCAAAGACAUAGCAGACAUUAGGAUACAAGUUGAAGGCCCUCCGGAGCCCCCGAUUUGGAUCAGUGUGAGUGCAGUUCGAAAGCAUCACGUCAACAUAACGUGGAAAACACGUGAUGUAUCCGAAAAUUGGAACAGAAAGCCCACAAUCAUUGUUGAAUAUAAAACAUUGUACGAAAAAGACGUUUGGUAUUCAAUUGGAGAUGCAAGGAUAGCAGGGGAUAAUAUGGUUGAGAUUAAAAUCUCCCCGUGGGCAUUCUACAUCUUUCGUAUUGUACUGAUGAACGAGAUUGGACGAAGUCAACCCAGUCCUGAAAGUGGGUUGAUACAAAGUCCUGCAGCUGCUCCUGACAAAGCUCCUUCAAAUAUAACUGGUUCGAGUGACACUGCCACUGAACUCACAAUAUCUUGGAAGCCUUUGAAACCUAUUGAGCACAACGGACCCGGAUUGAGCUACGCCGUAUUCUAUCGUCGCGUCUCGGAUCCAUCGCCUAUGAUUCGCGUUCCGGUGGAGGAGACGACCGCAAAAAGCAAACUGGAACACACGAUUCGGGACACGGAAUUCUAUGAGCAAUUCGAGUUUCAAGUUCAGGCAAUCAAUGCACUGGGCCAAGGUCCUAGAAGUGAGAUCGUUUAUGGGCAUUCAGGAGAAAAAUCUCCUGUUGGUGAACCACGUAAUUUACGCGUUCAAAUUAUCAACAGCCGGUCUGCCAGGGCGACGUGGAGUGGCAUAAAAAACGAUCGAAAAACGCGCCGAGGAAAGCUGCUUGGAUACAAGGUCUACUAUUGGUCAACGCAAUAUGGACUGCGGCCGUCUGACGCUAAUUAUGAGCCCACAGAUGAUACGGUUACUGUGGUUGGUUUGGAAUCCUUUACCACAUACUUCUUUCAAGUUGUCGCGUACAACAGUAAAGGUGAUGGUCCUGGGAGCAAUAUAGUUGGACCGCUCUCAACACCUGAAUCAGUGCCCGGGACGCCAUACAGCCUUGAUGUUGUAAUGAAGAUACCCGAAGUGACAUUAAAAUGGAAGCCGCCAUUAAAAACAAAUGGAAUCAUGGUUGGUUAUCAGGUGACGGUGAGGAAGCUUCCCAUUGGACAAAUAAACAUCAUUGAUGUGAGCAAUCAAAGACUUGAGCAGGAGUUUGAGGCACUGGAUUUGAAUGCCAAAUACCAGUUCGCGCUUUUAGCUCGCAACAGAGUUGGAUUUGGCCCGCCUCUUGUCCUAAAUAUCGAUUUGGGAAAAGUACCUAAAAGAGCUCCCGAGGACGUUUAUAUCGCAGUGAACGCAAGAGAAAACACAGCAACAAUCAAAUGGUCAAAGGUCGAGGGAGAGAUAAACGGCUAUCGGGUGACCUACUGGAAUACCAAAGACGGUCCAGAAAAAUCGACAAUGUUUCAAGAAGUCGACGAAAAAGAUGCGAGGCAGGUGGUUGUAAAUUUGAAGGAUAAACUUACGUAUAUGUUUCAAGUUCAAGCCUACGUGGAGUUUGGCGACAGUAUUGUCCUUGGCCCAAUAUCUAGUGUUCAGUCUUCCCCAACAGAAGACCCUCUGUCGGAUACGAAUUCAGCCACCGUCUCACAUGCAAGAACGUGGCUGUUCAUCUUGGGUUAUUGUUUGGUGGUCUGUUAUGUGGCACAAUAAAUCCGAGCCACCAAUGUCCUGAACAUACAACACCUGAUUACUUUAAGCUUCGAAAGCAUUGAAAAGAUUAUCAUUGACAGUGACAAAAAAUUUUUCAAACUACAGAGUAGUAUAGCAAUUUUAUAUUAUAAAAUUUUAUUGGUAAAUAUGUCUUUCUGCAUUACAAGGAAGAUACCCUGCAUCAUGUGAAAUAGCGUAUCCGGGGAAGGUCAGAAUAUUGAAUACGCUACCAAACAUAUAAUUUAACAUAUUUUAAAACAAACAAGUAUUUUAGCCUAUCCUGGAUCGCACGUAUUACGUAAACAAGGUGCCAUAAGAGGUAACAUUGAAGUAAAAGCCAUAAAAUCCCCUGGUCUUUAUUUCUUAUUUCUUAUUUCCCCUCGAGGUUUAAAAUAUGGAAGAGAAGAAAUGAUACAAGGUAGUCCUUUUAGGGCACAAAAGGUACAACGUAGAUGCUUUUAGAAAGAACUUUUGCCAUGCAAAAAUCCAUUAAAUAGGAGAUUAAGGGCGAUCUUUUAGUAAAAGCAGACACAAGUUACAUUAUGUUUGUAAAAUUGAUAAAUGGUUAUUUCUACGAUGCAAACUUUUGGUUGUAGCAACAUUUUGAUAACGUUCUUCAGUAUGUUCAAUCGAUUAAUGUAUAUAUUGUAAAGGAGUAUUGACAAUUUAUUUAAUUGAUUCGAUAUCUUUGCAUGUUGUAUAUGAAAUAUGCCUUAAAGUAAUGAAAAAUGCAUUCUAGUGAUUGGGAAAGGUUGCUUGCUGCCUUUUCGCUUAUCAGGAAAUAAUCCUCAACAUAAGCACAAGCACAGCUACUUGACACGAAAGACAAAAGCAAAUUGUAAAGAAAAUUCUUAUUGUUUUGUUUCCUCCAACCUCUGGAGAAUAUGCUUUACUUUGUUUUGUCGCUUGUGCUUAUCCUUUAAUUGAAAAUUAGGCUUUAUGAAACUUGUGAUUCUUUUCCCCUUUCAUUCUUUUCUUUCUGCUCGUUUUAAAAGAGCAACAAAAAGAGUUGAAUUCAUUUUUCUGAUGAUUACAAGACAUAACUAAACAAUUUACCGCAAGAAGACAAUGCGAUAAUUCAGUAGCUUAAUGUAUUCAAAAUUAUUAGAUUCAAACAAAAAAUUAAAUGAAUGCUCAUUCAGCAAUGAAA